AUGGCGCUGGGGCUGCAGCGCGCAAGGUCGAGCACCGAGCUACGCAAGGAGAAGUCCCGCGACGCGGCUCGCAGCCGGCGCAGUCAGGAGACUGAGGUGCUCUACCAGCUGGCGCACACGCUGCCCUUCGCGCGCGGGGUCAGCGCCCACCUGGAUAAGGCCUCCAUCAUGCGCCUCACCAUCAGCUACCUGCGUAUGCACCGCCUCUGCGCCGCAGGGGAGUGGAACCAAGUAGGAGCAAGGGGAGAAGCACUGGAUGCCUGCUACCUGCAGGCCCUGGAGGGCUUCGUGAUGGUGCUCACAGCCGAGGGAGACAUGGCUUACCUGUCGGAGAAUGUCAGCAAACACCUGGGCCUCAGUCAGCCCACGGUAUAUUCAAUAGUCUUCGCCGACACACAGUUCGAGUACACCAGUUCUCUCAUCUCCCUUUUCCAUUAUCCGACUUCUGCACACCGCCGGGUAGAAGAGACCGGAGUGGUGCUGUCCCUGGAGCAGACGGAGCAGCGACACUCCCGCAGACCUGCGCAGCGGUCCGCCGCCUCUCAGAAGGACACCCCCAGUCCUGGGGACAGCCUGGACAGCCCUGCUCCCCGGGUCCUGGCCUUCCUGCACCCCCCUGCCCUGAGCGAGGCUGCCCUGGCUGCUGACCCUCGCCGUUUCUGCAGCCCUGACCUCCGCCGCCUCCUGGCACCCAUCCUGGAUGGGGCUUCAGCGGCCGCCACCCCUAGUGCACCCCUGGCUGCACGGCGCCCCCAGAGUCCUCUUCCGGCUGAUCUCCCCAGUGAGUUACUUGUGGAUGUGGAGAAUUCACACAAACUCGUUGCCUCUGGGAAAGACCUCGAGGCAGUGGAGACAGAUCUAGAUAUAGCUCAGGACGUCGAUACUCUGGAUUUGGAGAUGCUGGCUCCGUACAUCUCCAUGGAUGAUGACUUCCAGCUCAACUCCAGCGAGCAGCUACCCAGGGCCCACCACAGACCUCCAGGGGCUGUCCCCCGGCCCCGCGCUCGGAGCUUCCACGGCCUGUCACCCCCAACCCCCGAGCCCUCUCUGCUGCCCCGCUGGGGGAGUGACCCCCGGCUGAGCUGCUCCAGCCCCUCCAGAGGGGACCCCUCAGCACCCUUCCCCAUGGCUGGGGCUCGGAAGAGGACCCUGGCCCAGAGCCCAGAGGACGAGGACGGAGGAGUGGAGCUACUGGGAGUGAGACCCCCCAAGUGUCUUCCCAGCUCAGAGCCCGAACACUUCCUGCUGCCUCCCCUCAGCCUGAGUUUCCUUCUGACGGAAGGACCAGCCCCAGGAAGCCAGCAGGAUCCCAGCACCCACCUCCUGGACCUAAGUGAGCCCCUGGGCCUGGGCCCCUCGCUGCUCUCUCUCUACUCGGAUGAGGACACCACCCAGCCCAAGAGCCACCUCCCGCCAGCAGCAGGCGUGGCCCGGGUCAACUGA